UUUCGACCCAAUGAUUCGUCUGACAAACAAAUAACUUUUGCGUGCUGCAGGCCCAGGCAUGGAUCAAAGCUGGCGAGACGUUCAAUGACAUCAUCUAGAGAUAUGCUGGACCCUAUGUCAGUGAGGUGUAUCUGAGACCACAUUGUUUCUUUCAAGGUAGAAUUAUAGCAAUAUGUUGUUGUGUUUAGGCCUAUUUACAUGUAUAUUUCCAUUAUUUGACCUAAUGUUGGCUGUUAGGCUAAUGUCAUGUUUUUUUCUUCAAAUGCAGACCCAAAACACCGCCGCCUGGGUUUGCGUUGCAAAUGAGGGCAUAAAGUGGGUCAAGACGUCAGCAGAGUAGGUAGACCGACAACACUUUGAACAGCACAUUACUCAACACCAGCGAGACUCACCUCGCCUACGGUAGGCCUACAGUAUAUCUACAAAUAUUGUUUUCAAUCUCUGCUCGUAGGUCUCCUGAUUUAAACCCGAUCUAA